AUGGACUCCAUCACGAGCCCCACCCGCGGCCGCAACCCAAGCUUCGGCGGCGGCAGCGCCGGCGCCGACGACGCUGAUGUGUUCGUGAGGGCGGGGGCGGGCAACGAGAUGUACGUGCGGGCGGACAAGAUCGACCUGAAGAACCUGGACGUGCAGCUGGACAGGACGCGGUCCAAGGUGUGGCUGGAGAACCAGCGGAGCGCGUCGCCGCGGCCGCGGCCGCUGCUCGAGUGGGAGGUCGACCUCGCCAAGCUCGACAUCCAGAACCAGAUCGCGCACGGCACGUUCGGCGUCGUCUACCGCGGCACCUACGACGGCCACGACGUCGCCGUGAAGGUGCUGGACUGGGGGCAGGAGGGCCAUGACACGACGGCGAAGCACCGCGAGGCCUUCGAGAAGGAGGUCGCCGUCUGGCAGAAGCUUGACCAUCCCAAUGUCACGAAGUUCGUGGGCGCGUCCAUGGGGACGUCGCAGCUGAAGAUCCCCAAGAAGGGCUCGUCCUCUGGCGGCCGCGCCGUGCCGAACGAGUGCUGCGUCGUCGUCGUCGAGUUCCAGCACGGCGGCACGCUGAAGACGCUGCUGUACAACCACCGCGACAAGAAGCUGCCGUACAAGAAGGUCGUCCAGCUCGCCCUCGACCUCGCUAGAGGGCUGAGCUACCUGCACUCGAAGAAGAUCGUGCACCGCGACGUGAAGGCGGAGAACAUGCUGCUGGACCGGAAGCGGACGCUGAAGAUCGCCGACUUCGGGGUGGCGCGCGUGGAGGCGGGGAGCGAGAUGACGGGGCAGACGGGCACGCUGGGCUACAUGGCGCCGGAGGUGCUGGAGGGCCGGUCGUACGACCACAAGUGCGACGUCUACAGCUUCGGCAUCCUGCUGUGGGAGACCUACUGCUGCGCCAUGGCGUACCCCAACUACAGCCUCGCCGACAUUUCCUACCACGUCGUCAAGCUGGGGAUCCGGCCGGACAUCCCGCGGUGCUGCCCUCGGGCGCUGGCGGACAUCAUGACGCGGUGCUGGGACGGGAACCCGGACAGCCGGCCGGAGAUGUCGGAGGUGGUGUCGCUGCUGGAGAGGAUCGACACCGCCAGCGGCAAGGGCGGCAUGACGCCCGUCGACGAAGUCGCGCAGGGCUGCUCCUGCUUCGGCUUCCCCCGUAGCGCCUAGCUCGUCAGCUAAUCAAAAGCUAAUAAAGCAGCAACCACCAAGCGGCCAUGCAUGCCUCGCGCUCAUGCAACUCUGUGACCUGCUUGCUUGUUGUCUUCUCCAUUGGUGCGGACUCGUCUGCAUCCCCGUGGAAUCGUAUUACCGGCGGCAUUGCUCGUUCGCUCUGUGUGUGGUCUGAAAUCCAUGCUCGCUUGAGACUCGAUCUGGUUAUCUGCAAGUGCGGCACUUUGGCAUGCAUGCAUGUAGUAGAGUGGCACCUCCGUUUUGGAGGUUUUUUUUUUGUGUCUAUCCAUCUCAAGUUCUCGAGGUGCACGCAAAUAACUCAGCUAGCUCCAACCAAUGCUUUCUGACUGUCUGUAACAAAA